AUGGACGCCACAAAUGAGAUGGCUCAAGGUGAAGCAAGCAUCGAUGAUCUGUUCGACUACGACGUCGGCCUCGACGAUAUCUUCAAAGACCGCCCAGAUACGACCACCACAGCAAGUGGCUCAAAACCUACGACUAACGAUCCCACGUCUUUGGGUCUUGGUCUCGACGAGGAAGUCAAAGUUACAAAACAGCGGAGACCAAAUCCAAAGCUCGACGAGGCUCGUCUCCUUUCACAACCAGGAAUCCCUAAACUCCGUCGCACUGCCAAACAGAAGCUUAGAUUCAAGGGCAAAGGGUAUGAGUUCCAAGAUGCUGAACGAUUGUUGAACUUCUAUCAAUUAUGGCUUGACGACCUCUUUCCACGCGCGAAAUUUGCAGACGGCCUGGCUAUUAUUGAAAAGCUGGGCCACACGAAGCGCAUCCAAACCAUGAGAAAAGAGUGGAUCGAGGAAGAAAAGCCGAAACCCUUCUACGACAGAACCAAUACCGAGAACCCUAGUCGAUCAUCGACCGAGCCAAAUAAGCGAGACAACAAAGAGAAGCAAACUGCUGGUUCCAAACAAACGGAGUCAACAAACGAUGGAGACCUCUUCAUGCAAGAUCCGGAAGCAGAGAACAGGCCCCCAGUCAGUCAUCCUCAACCAGACGACGAUGAACUCGAAGAUCUCCUCCGAGAGCAGGACGAAGAAAUGACAUCUGGUCCACCCGCUUCGGCUCCCCGGCCUGACGCGCAAGGUGUUGAACCAGAUGAUGAUGAUCUUGAGGAUCUUCUCAGAGAGCAAGAUGAGGUUAUGGCAGAUAUGCCUAAGCCUGCAUCAAGGGCCGCCGUUGCGCACAUGGAUGACUUUGAUGCCGAGUACGAAGCGAUGAAUGAGAUGGGACUUUGA